GCCUUUGCCCGCUCAGUUGAACGAUGGCUGCGGUGAGUGAUGUUUGUGCCGGCCUUAUUCGGCACAAAACUAUUUUACUACGAGAAAUAUGCGAUACGAACAUAUUAGAUGUUUUAGUGAAGAAAGGUAUAUUCAAUGUCGGCGACCUUGAGCUGAUAACGAGUGCGCCUGAUAGUGAAAAGUGCAAUUACUUCGUUGAAGUUGUUAGUAAACAAAGUGGUGUAAAGUUGGUGGAAUUGUGUAGUGUUUUAGACAAGGAGUGCCCCAAACUAUCGAAGGAGCUGAAGAAUGACAGGCACAGAUUUAUAGUCAACGGAUUCCACUCACUAGACAGCGCCAAAGAAAACAUGGUGAUGAGCCAUAAUUUACAUAGAGAAUCUCCCCGAUCACGUCGUUCGGUGUCGCAAUGUUCCUGCAACAGUAUAUCCAGGAGGUCCUCAGCGGCGGCCUCACCGAUGAUCCUACCGCCGCUCAACAACACCAUGGAGAUGUACGUCGAACCAGUCGUCGAAGAUACGUCAGAGCGCAAUGCUGGCUGGGAGACGCAUCGGGUGCGACUAAACCGCGUCCCGGGGUACGGGUUCGGUAUAGCUGUGUCCGGUGGCAGGGACAACCCACACUUUGCCAGUGGAGAUCCCUCUAUCGCUGUGUCAGAUGUACUACGCGGCGGACCUGCCGAGGAUAAAUUGCAAGUAAACGAUAGAAUAUCCUCAGUCAAUGGAGUACCAUUAGAGAAUGUGGAGUACGCUCGCGCGGUUCAGGUGUUGCGGGACUCAGGAGCAACAGUCUCUUUGGUGGUACGAAGGCGAGCGCCUGCACCGCCGUCCACUUCUUCUACAGCCAUCAAGCUAGCGCUGACUAGGAAUGGAAAGAAAGAAGAUUUUGGCAUCGUCUUAGGAUGCAAAUUAUACGUCAAGGAGUUGACGAUGAGAGCGCGGGAACAGGUCAACCAAGCGGGGCAGAGUCUCUGCGAAGGCGACGUGGUAACACGAAUAAACAACACCGCCGUUACUGACGCCAUGACGCUAAAGGAGGCAAGGAAACUGAUAGAGUCCUGCAAGGAUCGGUUAAACCUGGUAGUCACGAGGGAACUGAUCAGGGAGGAGACUGUCACCAACGGGAACUUUCAGAACAAUUAUAAUAGUUUAGAGGCCAGUUCGCAUAAUGUAUACAGCAGCGGUACGGAGCCGAUGUCAUCAGCUUACUCGAGUAGCGGACAGAAUCUGUAUGUAGCGGCGCCAGUGCGGACAGACCGCCGAGCCGCGCCUGAGCUCGACCAGCCGCCGCGACCGCCGCCGCCGCGCUCUGAAGAUUAUUACAGUAGCAGAAGACAGUUAUAUGAAGAUGAAGGAAUGAAUAAUCAAAGAAGUAAACCACCGAGCGAGCCGAGGCUGAUCAGCUUCCAGAAAGAAGGGUCUGUAGGGCUCCGGUUGUGUGGCGGCAACCGCUCCGGGGUUUUCGUGUCUGGAGUCCAGCCUACCAGCCCUGCAGCAUUACAAGGCUUACAGCCCGCUGACAAAAUAUUAAAGGUAAACGAUAUGGAAAUGAAGGGCGUAACGCGUGAGGAAGCCGUUUUGUUCCUGUUGAGUCUACAAGAGCGCAUCGAUUUAAUAGUACAGCACUCACCAGACGAAUAUAAUGCGGUGGCUAGCGGGCAAAUACCUGGCGACUCCUUCCACAUAAAGACCCAUUUCCACUACACCGAGCCGACGGACAACGAGAUGUCGUUCCGGUGCGGCGAUGUCUUCCACGUGGUGGACACUUUACAUAACGGAACUGUUGGUGCUUGGCAGGUCUUCAGGAUAGGUCGUAACAACCAAGAGGUACAAAAAGGCACGAUACCGAACAAGGCUCGUGCCGAGGAACUGGCGACGGCGCAGUUCAACGCGACCAAGAAGGAGAUGUCGGGCAACGACGGCAAACACAACUUCUUCAGGCGGCGGCGAUCAACGCAUAGGCGUAGCAAGAGUCUUGGGAAGGAGCACUGGGACGAGGUGGUGCUAUCCGACAGUAUCAGCAAGUUCCCCGCGUACGAGCGCGUCGUGCUGAAGCAGCCGGGCUUCGUGCGGCCCGUGAUCGUGCUUGGCGCGGUGGCGGACGUCGCCCGCGAACGAUUGCUAGCUGACAGCCCUGACAAGUUCGCCUCGCCCAAAAUGGACAACACAUUAGAAGACAGUAAAACGAAAUCGGCCGGUAUUAUCCGUCUGUCGAGUAUCAGGACGAUCAUGGAGCGAGGUAAACACGCCCUCCUGGACAUCACACCUAACGCCGUGGAUAGGCUCAACUAUGCCCAAUUUUACCCCAUCGUCAUAUUUCUGAAGGCCGAUAACAAGCAUAUCAUUAAGCAGUUGAGAGCUGGCCUGCCAAAAUCCGCCCAUAAAUCGUCAAAGAAGCUUCUAGAACAGUGCCAACACAUGGAACGCGUGUGGGGGCACGUGUUCACGCACACUAUCACACUGAGCGAAGCCAACCAGAACACGUGGUUCAACAAACUGUUAGAACUAGUGCAAAGAACGCAGCAGCAACAGCUUUGGGUGUCGGAGACUAAGAGACCCGAGCCGUUGUCCGACGACUUCUUGUUCUCAAUGACAUCGAGUACAGAGAACAGAUUGUCAUACGCUUCGAGUCCCGAGAGCGACCUGGAAGUCAGUCCACCGCCAGCUCCAAGAUUAGUCAAGUCUUCUUCAGACCCCUCGAUAGCAACCACACAGGACAAUAUGGACCGGGACGAUGACAUAAACCACAUGGCUGAUGCUGUCCCGCCUCCGUACACGCAAGGCGGUUAUGGCGAUAGUAAAUAUGGCUUCUCAGCGAACACUAAUGGCACGAAUAACCACAAUCAAAAUCAACACAUGGGCGUGAAUGACGCACCGCCGUACCAAUGCAAUCCUAUGACGCACUCGCCACCGCACUCACCGUUGUACGGCACUGUGCCGGAGUUACCUCCGCGGGGGACGGUGAGCAGGCCGGCUGGCGGGGUACUGUUGCCAGCGCCCCCGCCCGGCCGUCCUCCGCACACUCUCAGACACAACCCACCUAACCGUCCAAGUGCACAAGAGCGUCUAUUUGGACCACCCAAAGAGGGAAGCGAUGAAGCCCCCACGUACACCGCUCGUCCCACCAGUAUGAUUAUUCAGCCUACGCAAGGACAAGGAUCAUUGGAUAGACAUAGGCAUCCUUCUAAUCCGCAAAGUUCGUAUGAUGGCACGCCGUCCUAUGAAUACAAUGGCAACAAUGGAAUGGGCAUGGGACGCUUGCCACCUAACGCACCUGACGACCUGAAGGUGGCGCCACCGACUGGCAAAAUGGAACCGCCCCCACCACAAAAUCCAGCAAAUAUGGCAACACAAAGUCCGCAACGAAACUCCAAUUCUCACGAGCACAAUUCUCUAGAUUAUAGGAAUUCAGAGAACAGUUACAGGUCACCGGAGGCCUACAGAAGUCCCCAGACGAAUCGACCUCCACCUAUGAAUGGAAACAGUCCGCAUACGCCUAUACACGCGCGUGGACCAUCACUACCCAAUGUACCAACCAACGAUCAUGCAAAGUACAGCGGGCGAACGAAUUCGGCGUCGCAAGCAGACUACAGCGGACGAGGUGGGGCCCCGGUACCCCCAUACAAACCAGUACCACCGCCGAAGCCCAAACACUAUAGGCCACCAGACAACCAACACCAUCCUAGGAAUGGGAAUAUGGAACCCCCACCAAAUCCGGGCGGGCAAAUGGGCCCCGGGUCACCGCACCAGGCCGCGCAGGCCGCGCAGGCCGCACAAGCAGCACAGGCAGCGCAGGCAGCACAGGCCGCGCAGGCGGCGCGCGGCUACGGCCAACCGCCACACUACUCGCACCAACACUCUCACUCGCAACCGGCACAUCGUCCCUCUCACUCGCACAGUAACUACCAGCAGCAAAAUAUGUAUGGUGGUCAGAUGCCUCCGCAGUCACCGCCUUACUCCGGCCCGCCGUCACAUCAUCGCGCCAUAAACCUGCCACACAAUCCACAUCUCAUUGAUUUAGCUGGUAGCAGAGAACAACGCGGUUCAGCUUUUGAAUUAUACAGAAAACCACAACACAUGCAUAACUUGAGUUCGUCCGAUGUCGUGAACUCGAGUGUGGAGCGCGACGAGACAUUUUCGCCAAAAACUAAAAAGAAAUUAUCCAAAAAGCCAUCGUUCAUUAAAAAUGCAGUAUUAGAUCUUUUCCGUUCGAAAACGAAAAAUUCGCAAAAAGUGUCUCGACAGAAGUCACUGUGCGAAAGUGACUUGCAACAGAGACCAAUCUAUCAAGCUCCUAUGCUCAGGAGAGAGAAGUCAGACCUGGGCGAUUUGAGCAUACAUAUGAGAAAUACGCAAAUCCGAAAUCAAAUGUUGCAAAGAAGUAACUCGUCAUCUUGUGAGAAGCCCGUUCUAAAGCCUAUUUUGAAAAGACAAAGUUCGUUUUGUGAUGACAGAAAUGGAUCCAUAUGUACAGUUAGAGAUUACGACGCCAAGCCUGUCAUCAAAAAUCUGAGGAGACAAAAUUCUAUGUGCGAAAUUGAAACCGAACCUAAAGUUACCCCAUUGUUACGCAGACAGAAUUCUCUCAUUGAUUAUAAUAGGCGAGGAAUUUAUGGCCAAACAUCCAGCUUUAAUAUGAUUACCAAAAUAGAUCCUAUUUACCAAAGACAACAGCAAAUAAAACACGAACCAUUUCAUCCUACACAACCACUACCUCCAGAACCAAUAUACCAAAGUAAAGAUCAUAUUAUUUACGACCCUAUUCCAAAGCCAAGAAGAACUUACACUUCCGUAUAUGAUACAUCUAGUGAAAAUCCAUAUGCAAGUAGGUCUGAAGUAUCCAUUCACAGUUAUGAAAACCCUUACGGGAAUCCCCAGACCAUGGCUAUGCCUUUACUAGAUCCUCCUUAUGCUACUAAAGCUGAAUGUGUAAGGGAAAGUCCUUAUGCGACAAGACAUGAGAUGAAAACAGAAAGUCCAUAUGCAACUAAACAAGAAGUGAUAAGACAUUCUGAAUCUUUUUACAGUGAAUCGCCAUAUUCUAGUAAAGAACAAAUGAUACGGCAAAGAAAUAUAUCUGAAAGUCCGUAUUCAACAAAAGAAGAAAUGUUACGGCAAAGAUUUUCAGAAUCACCUUAUAACACAAAAGAUGAAUUAUUGAAACAACGAAUGGAUGGUUCUUUUACAUGUAAAGAACCUAUUUAUGGUAGAAAAACUUAUGAUCCACCACCUAGUACAUCGUGGUCUGAAAAUUCUUAUGCUAUAAGACCUGAUAGAAGGGUGCAAACUCCUAUUAAUUUCCCUGGUAGAAUUUCGCCUAUGAGUAAAUGUAUGAGUGAGCCUCCAUAUGCUACAAGGACUGAAAUGCUAGAAAGGAUAAGCCAGACAGAAUCUCCAUAUGCCACCAGAUCUGAAGUGAAAUCAAGUUGUUCUGAUACUCAAUAUAAUACUUCAAAUGAAAUGUCUGAAUUCAGACAUGAAAUACGACCGGCAUCAGCAGAAUGCACAUAUGUAUCAAAACAAGAAAUUUUAUCACAAAAGGCAGCUCUAUUAGCUAGCAAAGAAUCUAGUUACGGUAUUAGAUUAGAAGAAAAAUUGGAAAUAAUAAAACAAAGAAAUCAAGCAAAAAAAGAUAUGAUAUAUCAGACGCGUAAAGAAUCUAAUGAAAGUGAUGCAGCAAAAAUAAGAGAACCACUAUACGUUUCAAAAAGGGAAUUAAAAGACAGUGUUAUUUACGAAUCCCACCAGGAAACAAAAGAACCACCCCAAGUAGUUGAUCAGGACAGUAGUGAAAGAAGUAGCCCCUAUGAAUUAAGCGAUGCUAAUCACUUAUCACGAAGAGAACCAAUAUAUCAAUCAAAAUCAGAAUUGCAAAAUAAAACGCCGUUAUUAGAAAAGGAAACAUUCCAAGAGAUUGACUUCUCAAAAUUAAGAUUAACCGAUUCUAAAACUGAUGCGGAAAAAGAAAAAUCCCUAAAUAACGAUGCAAACGUUUUGAAAGGUGAACCGAUGUAUGCACCAAGGUUACACGGUAAGGCAGAUCACAUUUCUAAUGCUCUAAAGGUGACUACUUCUCCUGUUCCUUAUGAAUCUACUACAUCAAUGGAGACCCAUUAUGCUUCUGAAUGUAGCAUGAAUUUUGAAAAUAAACCACAGAGUACUCCAUAUACAUCGCAGGAUUUAAAUGAAAGAUCUUCCAAAUCUAAUAGAACUGUAACUUUUUGUGAUAAAAUUAUUGAAAAAAGUCCAGAGGUUAGCCAAGACAAUUCUGAAAAUAUGUCUAAUAGUCAGAACGACACCACAGUUAUCAAUCAGAAUAUAACUGUACAGGCAGCUACAUCUGAAGAAAAAGAACCUGAUAACAAAACAGAUGACGUUGAACCCGACGGGCCGCAUACUACUUGGGGCAUAUUUGAUAGUGAAGGUGGGGUAUUAGAAGACAGACAAUGGGGCGUAUCUUUAAUUAUACCCCCUAAAGCGAUUGCUCCAGGGAUCAAGCAAAAGAUAUAUUUUACGGUGUCAGAUCCAAGGCUCAGCCAGCGAGUGGGGGGACCUCCGAUCGAUAUGGACAACGGUGAAGCGAUGCUGUCCCCACUGGUUAUGUGUGGCCCGCAAGGUCUGGUAUUCCUAAGACCUGUAACCCUUCGCCUGCCGCACUGUGCCAACGCCGUGCCUUCCCUGGGAUUGACCAUCAAGGCCACUGACACUGAGGCACAUCUUAGCACCGACUGGGAUCAAAUACAUCUGCCCGCUACCACAACAUUAAACACAGUCGCUGUUAAAGUCGAUCACUUUUAAUAUUGUAUUAAACCUUAAAUUUUAUAUUGGCGAAAUUUUAAAUUAUAGUGUAUUAAGAAUGUACUAAGAAAUGAAAUUAUUAUAAAAUAAAAUUUCAAACUCUUUUGACUGAAUAAUUAGUACAGUGUUAUUAGUUCGUAUCUUUUUGGUAUCGUUCAUUGUAAGUACUAGUAAAAUGAUUUGUCUUUAAGAAAUUUGAAGACAACUUAACAUUUUUACAAUAUGUUUUUUGCAUGAUUACGUAAAAAAUAUUUAAAAAAAAAAAAUGUGAUUUGAUUAAAACAAUAUAAGGCAUUGGUAUGGUAACAAUUAUUCCAGGUUCUUAUUUUAAAUAUAGCCUUGAUACCCACCUAGAUAUAUGAAUUAAAUAUUUUGCCUUUGGUAAGUUAGUGGUGCUAAUCAAUAAUACAAUAUACAUAUUAUGCAAAAGUAAUAUUAAAUUAAAUACGUACAUUUUUAGGAAUCUCAGUGAGCUUUGUACCACGGUUACGUUUUGUAGUAAAGAAUAGGUGAAAUGAAGGUUUUUGAAUGAACCAUAAUGUUAUGCUUUGCCAGAAGAAUUAUUUUAAGAAAUACCAUAACUUAGACGUACGGAUAUAGUUUUAGUGAUGUUCAUAUAUUAUUAUGUUAUUUAAAUGCAUUGCGCAUUAAAUUUAGGAAAUGUGUACGUAUUGGAACGUUAGGAAUUUAAUAAAAUUCGAUAUUUUUGUAAUUUGGCUUCCGUAGGUAUAAAAUUGUAUUGUUGCUAUAUUAUAUAAUAUAAUGAUGUAUUGUAUAUUAAUUUUAAUUGGUAUUUACUGUUAUUUUAAAAUUACAUCAAUCAAUGCUAAUUUUAUGUCUGCACUAUCUUUCGAAUCGGUUUAUAUUACUCAUACUGUACCUAUCUACCCUCAAUAUUGCUGGUGUUGUAUAUUUUUUUUUUUGUUAUUUGCAAUAUCGUGAGUCAACUUUUUGACUCGAUAAUUAAAUUUUAUAUCCAAUGAA